GCAGUAUCCAGGGCACCACUGAUUCAGUAAAUCUGUUUCCUGUCAAACUGCAGCAGGGAAGCUAAACAGUUGGGGAAGAGAAAUACAGUGUUUGAACAUGGAAAAAAACAAUUGCAGCUGGUUGAUCUUUUAUCUUCUUUUCCAAUGUCAAAUCUUUCAUGCAUGCUUGCUCAAGAAUAAUACACCAGAUGUUUCUUUCAUUGAAGUGGAAAAUAACUCUUCAAGCACGAAAGUUCACCAGAGACAAAAAAGAUGGGUGGGAUUGCUGAUCCGGAUUUCCCUGGAAACAACAGAUACUGCAUUGACAGUGGUCAACUCUUUGAAAGGUGGCUGUGUAUACCGUCCCAACAUAUGCCUCUACAGAGACAACAUUGCGAAGUUCGAAAUCCAAGAACAAAAUCUUUCCAGGAUCCUCAAUGAAAAAUACGAAAGUCUGUUGACAAAUGUCGAAAAGUUUGCAACAUCCGUUUUUCAAAACAUUGAAAUUAGCCGCCACAUUGAGGACAUUGUCAUAACUGGAGCACAUAUCAAUUUUGGAAUGUCGAUAUUAAACAGCACAAUCAAAUUAGAAGAGUUUAAAACAAAUGAAUCAGUAGUGAUGGAUUUUCCUGAUGUUUCCCAAAAUUUUAUUGAAAAGUUUUACAUGGAAAGGGAACGCUCUUUUAAGAACCUGAAUAUUGUGCAAAAAGCAUCUUCUUUGUUGCACCUUGUUAACCGUCUUACAUUUAAAUCAGUGAAUAGAAUCAUCUCUAAGAUAUCAUUCGCAUUGUCUAGUAAGAGUAUGUUGAAAGAGGAGUCAUUCAAAAGCUUUUAUCACAAAUACACACAGGAGUACCUGUCUCAAUGGAAAGGUAAGUCUGGUGUUUUCAGUGGGCCAGUCAAACUGUCAGAAACUCUCAGGGCAAAAGUCAGAGGCUUUGUAAAAACAGCCAGCAUUUAUAUAAGGGAUUCCGCAAAGAAUUUUUACAAAAGCAAAACAUUUUGGGGGACCACAGCAGUAAGUUUGGCAGGUGCAGUAAUAUCACAGGGCCUACAAGCACAAAGGUAUAUUCAGAUUGAAAAUGAGAUGAAAAUCUUGAUGGAAAAUCACAAAACUUUAAUUUUAAGUCUUAAAACUGUUGAACAAAACCUCACCGAUUCAAUUCAAGAUAUAGAUGAACAAUGGCAAAUCUCACUUGAUUUCUUUAGGAACUUGACCUCGUACAUAAAUGAUACCAAAUCAUCUUUUGAAGACAUACCUGCAGAGCAUCAAUCCAAGUUAAAACAUAUGCCCAGUUUGCAAACAAUGAUAGAAAACAACUUUGAAAAUAUUAGUUCUAGCAAUAUUUUAAUGAAACAGAGAAUAUUUUUAAAUUAUCUGACUGAAAUGAAGGAAUCAAUUAAAAAGCUCAAAGCUGUUAUCUUGCUAGAGCUACACCUUUCACUAGGGACCGAACGGGAACUACAUCAUAACAGGGAGGUUAAUGAUAUUGUUGCUAUUAUAAAUGGAAAACUUGACAAUGAGGAAACUAUGCAUCAAAAAGUUGAUAAGAAAAGAGUAAUCUGUGAGAUAGCUAAAAGGCAUGAGCGCAAUUAUUACGAUUAUUACAACUUAAAUGAUUUUAGACCAAACUGCCCAAACUAUUUAGAUAUGGAUGUGAUAGAGGCAGACCGCUUAAAACUCAAGAGAAUAAUGACAACGUUAAACUCCAUACUGAUGGUUUGUGAAAUGUCUCACUUUAACAAAUGCCCAUCUCUUUCAAACAUUUCACAAAUUCUAAAUUUAAGCGAAGAAGAAACAAAAAGAUUAAUCAAAAGUUUUAUGCCACACAUGUUAAAUGUUAUUAAAUUGUGAAAAAUCUUGAAUGGCUUUUCAGAAAGUAAAUUGAAAUACAUCAGUUACACACUGAAUGCAUAUGUAAUGGGGAUAGAUAUUCUUGCUAUUGCUAUCCAAAUUCAGGAAUCAUAGUUCCACGGUUAAACACUGUUUGGCAUAUUUUAAUCCAUCUUGUAAACAAACUCUGUAAUAAAUGGUGGUUGGACAAUG